UUGAGCUCCUCCUCAUUAUUCUCUUUGACCAAGCUUCUUCUCUCAUUUCUCCGUCUCAAAUAUCUUAAACUCGUUAUGGAUUCUCAGGACAUCAGGUACCGUGCCGGAGACGCCGCUAUGGCUGAGACGGAGAGGAAACAAGCCGACGACAACAACAACAACAAAGGCAAACGCGAUCAAAAGAGGGCGAUGGCUAAACGCGGUCUCAAAUCCCUGACGUUAGCUGUUGCAGCUCCUGUGCUCCUGACUCUCUUCACAUCCUACUUCCUCGGGAAUCAGGCUCGGUCCUCGUCGUGGGUCCUUCACCUCAUGCGUCUCGCCUCGAGCGGUCUGAUGGGCUUGGCUGCGUGGCUCGUAUGGGUCGACGCUGGGUUCCACAAGAAGCCCAACGCUCUGUAUCUUUACUUGGCUCAGUUUGUGCUUUGUUUGACUACGUGCAUGGUCGGGUCGGGACUAGCAGGGCUUGCAGUGUGCUUGUGUCAGUCUGCGGCCUUGUUCCGAUGCUACAAGGCCUUUAAUGAGAUCAGUCCGGUCGCUGGUAAUAUGGUAAAGCCGUGUUUGGCUUUUGCUGCGUUUGUAGCAGCCGUUAAUGUAAAGCUCGCAAUCGCGUGAGAUCUAUAAACAGUAUAAAGCCAACGAUAGAUGUGAUAGUCUCUGAGAAUGUUGUGGAGUCGUAAUUAAUCGUUUUUU